AUGGUGUCUUCGUGCCGCGUGGUCGAGAGGGCUGACGGCGACGGCAAGGCCCCGGCCCGUUGUUCCCCGCCGGGCCUCCCCGAAGUCGUCGCCGGCGUGACGAGAACGCACAAUUGCGCCAGUACCGUCUUCAGCGCCUCCAGUUGCGCCACCACCUGUCGCCAUCCCUCGUCAGCGUCCAGUCGCGCGGGUGGGCGCACCGAGGCGGCCACGUCCUGCACGGCUGGAAUCCCGCUCGUCCCCGCUCCGCUUUCCUCCUCCAUCGUGGGUAUACUAACGGUCGCAACAUCCGGAGCGACAUCUCCAUUGUCGACAGCAUCAUCCACAUCACCAACAUCACCGUUUUCUUCGACAACACCUACAGCAAACACUGCAACUAUUUCUCCAUCCACCAUUACCUCAGAAUCGACAACUUCGAGCACUGAAUCUGUCUCAACAGCAGCAACAACGUCUCCAUUUUCAACAACAUCAUCCACAUCACCAACAUCACCGUUUUCUUCGACAACACCUACAGCAGACACUGCAACUAUUUCUCCAUCCACCAUUACCUCAGACUCGACAACUUCAAGCACUGAAUCUGUCUCAACAGCAGCAGCAACUUCCCCAUUGUCAACAACACCAUUUACAUCAGCGACUGCAACAACUUCCAGUAUACUAACGGUUGCAACAUCAGGAGCGACAUCUCCAUUGUCGACAGCAUCAUACACAUCAUCAACAUCACCGUUUUCUUCGACAACACCUACGGCAGACACUACAACGAUUUCCACAUCCACCGUUACCUCAGAAGCAACAACUUCAAGUACUGAAACAGUUUCAACAGCCGCAACAUCUCCAUUGUCAACAACACCUUUCACAUCAACGACUGCAAGAACUUCAAAUAUAGAAACGAUUUCAACAUCAGGUGCAUAUUCUCCAUUGUCAACAACAUCAUUGACAUCACCAACAUCACCGUUUUCUUCCACAACACCUAUUUCAGACACUACAACUAUUUCUCCAUCCACCAUUCCCUCAGAAUCGACAACUUCAAGCACUGAAUCUGUCUCAACAGCAGCAGCAACUUCCCCAUUGUCAACAACACCAUUUACAUCAGCGACUGCAACAACUUCCAGUAUACUAACGGUCGCAACAUCAGGAGCGACAUCUCCAUUGUCGACAGCAUCAUCCACAUCACCAACAUCACCGUUUUCUUCGACAACACCUACAGCAGACACUGCAACUAUUUCUCCAUCCACCAUUACCUCAGAAUCGACAACUUCAAGCACUGAAUCUGUCUCAACAGCAGCAACGUCUCCAUUUUCAACAACAUCACCCACAUCACCAACUUUACCUUUUUCUUCGACAACACCUACAGCAGACACUGCAACUAUUUCUCCAUCCACCAUUACCUCAGAAUCGACAACUUCGAGCACUGAAUCUGUCUCAACAGCAGCAACAACGUCUCCAUUGUCGACAGCAUCAUCU